CGGUCAGCGGAAGUACACAUGCGCUCUGUGGCAUAACUUAGCACAUUGUCAACAAAAUAAACGAAACAGAUUUAGUAGUUUGUACUCGAAGUUGAGCAUGUUCUUUAUGACCUCUUAUAGAAAUUAGUAACCGUUUUUGGGGAUGGAUUUUAGUUUCGGAUGGUCUCGUGGAAAUGUUAGACAUAUGAUUAAACCCCACUGUCUUUAGAAUUAGAAUAUUAUUUAUUUUACCUGCAUGCGUAUGACGUUUUCUUUGUCCAAUAUAAUGAUGACCAGACGUAUAAUGCAAAGCAAGAGGAGUAGCAGUAUUGGGGUGACAAUCACCCUCUGGCUUUUUGGUCUUCAUCUUAUAUGUGCCCACAAUGUGAAGUCCCCAACAGCCCUAACUAUUAAAGAGGACUCUGGUGAUCUUAACCAGGUUGAAGAGACACAGUUAGAGGACGAGGAUCCUGAGGACCUGGAGGUGUUUCAUCCCACAAACAAUUGGCAAACUCUCAGACCAGGUCAAGCAGUUCCAGCAGGUUCUCAUGUCCGACUGAAUCUUCAGACUGGGCAAAGAGAGGUCAAGCUGGGAGAGGAGGAAGGUCUCAAAUAUUGGAGAGAUGGAAAUAGGCAAGGAAUGAUGAACAUGCAGGCCCCUUCAUUCACAGCUCAGGAGUUGAAAGAGGCUCUGAAAUAUUUCAAAGAAGGAACAGAUGAUUCUUCAGGCACUAAACAAGAUGAAGAAGAGGUGAGGGCCAAAUUUCGCCCCAUCGAAGAGCUGAAAAAAGACAUGAAAGCCCUUGACAUGCUGAUAGAGACAGAUGUUCAAGUUAUGAAGAGACUUUUAACCCAAUUCAAUGAUUCUAAAAGCACAAGUGAAGAAAAAGUCGCCGCUCUUCUUGACCUGGAGUACCUUGUGCACCAGGUGGACAAUGCCCAAAAUAUGGUGUCCAUGGGAGGAAUGCAUCUGGUUAUAAAUGCUUUAAACAGUACAGAUGUUCGUCUUCAGGAGAGUGCUGCCUUUGUGCUUGGAUCGGCUGUUUCAAGUAACCCAUCAGUGCAAGUUGAGGCGGUAGAAGGCGGUGGAUUACAAAAACUGCUGACAUUACUUGCCACUCAACGACCAAUGGCAGUUAAGAAAAAGGUGUUAUUUGCUGUGGCCUCACUACUGCGUCACUUCCCGUUUGCUCAAAGUCACUUUUUGAAGCUUGGUGGUGGGCAGGUGCUUGCCGAACUGUUUCAAACACCAGGCGCAGAGGCCCUGCGUGUGAGAAUCAUUACAGUCCUCUAUGAUAUGAUUGUUGAGAAGGAGCUGAUAUCACAGGCAGGUCUGGACCUUAUACCAGAUUCCACUCACCAGGAACGUUUGCGACAAUAUGCUGAAGUGUCCCUUCUGCCCGUGCUGGUAGAGCAGGGGUGGUGCAGCCUUGUGCCUGAGCUUUUAGCUUCUUCCGAGCAUGAUUGGGUAGAGAAGGCUCUGCGCACUCUGCUUGCCAUGAUGGCUCAGUGUCAGACUCAGUAUAAACAGAACCCCACCCUGAUGGCUUCUCUUAAUGAACUGCACAAACAGUAUAAAGAACUGGCCCUCACAGAGCAGGACAUAGGGGAGCAGGAUGGUUACUUUGGGGAGAUCCUGGCCCUUGUGGACUCUAUGGUGGUUAAAAUGCAACAUGUGUAGAAUGGUACAGCUGCAUUCUCGGAAUAUCAAGAUAAAAUAAAAGGAUUUAAAAAUUG